CCUAACGUUACCUCUCGGACAUGCCCGAAAAGCCAGUGUUUUGGUGGUCCUGGGAAUGUCUCGAGCGCCCGAAUCCAUUCAUUUCUUUUGACAAUAAGUUUAGAGAUUUUAAGAAUUACAUAGACCAGGCUAAAUAUUGCAACCAAGUGAUGAAUGCGAUAGGACUCCAGCGUCACUUUUUUCAACGUUUCAAAUAACUCCAUUGCAAUGGACGUCUACCUGCCGAGGCUACCAUUGACAACUUUUACAACACAAGGUGACGGUCUGGUGAGUGACAACUGCGAGAAGCAGAAGCGAGUAGGUACGAACAAUGCUGGUCAGCGCCGCACCCAGAUUUUUCAUGAGGAUAAAAGUGGCCUACAUCGCCUUUCCAAAGAUUUCUGGCAUAGAAAGAGUGUUUCAAGGAAUCGUUCACUGAAUCUUACAUGCCGGUAAUAGCCACUGUGCCAGGCAGUGGUUUUAUGCAUGAAGUAACAAAGAAUGUGAUUACCAGAACAUAUUACGCACUUGACUCCGCUCUGAACAACAACACCACCAACAAAAGCAUAGACAAUGGGCCUACUCCUUCAGAUAACCGAGAACCUCAAUGGCUGGCAUCAACAGUAGCUGGAGUCUCUGCAGCUGUGUGCCUUUUCCUUGUUGUACUGGCACUGUUUAUAUUAUGCCAUUUCAAAUGGAGAAUACUCACAGCUUCUGCCAAUCAACUUCUCUUUGGUGGCCAGGGGACCAGCUUUGAGGAAGAACUUACACUUGUUUAUUCAUCCUUGGUUAUCAGGAGACUCCAACAGAGAGAUGACAUCAGAAAUGACAAUGAGUGUGUGUACAGUCAUAUCAGGGUCUAGGAACUAAGAAUGAUUCUACUUUGAUGAGAGGGGUAAUAAAUAGCCUAAAUCAAGUUUUUCUAUUGUGCUCAGGCACACAAAAUUCCAAAAAGGCCUACUAUUGUUGUUGGGAAUUAUUUGUAGGCUUUUGAAUGGUUGGUUUUAUAUAAUCACAUUAUUGCAUGACCUUUAGUUUGUAUUUCAAACUUUUAUUGCACUGUGUCAAGCACUUCUGUACUUAAAACCUUUAAACCACUGUAAAAAAAAGAAAAUGAAGAAAGUCUACUCUUUAUCUCAAAAAGCAUAAAGCCUUUGUAUUUAGAUGUCUAUACAAGUCAUUUGUGACAUAAUUGUAAACAAGUUGCUGAAAUGUGACAUUUUGAACUCAUCAUCGAUCCACUGAGUUGCUUUCAGAACACUCUACAACGUUUCCGUUCUUGAAUGCUCCGUGCUCCAACCCGCUGCGCAUGCGCGGAUCUGGGUGAAACGCUAGAUACUAACUAGCUAUUCCUCUCCAUCACACGGGCUCAAUCAACUCUGUUCUGUCACUGCUGAUAGUGGCAUCUGUGUAGCGGUUGCUUUUGAACGUUUGUUUAUAGCUGCUGCUUUUGAACGUUUGUUUGUAGCUGCCUAGCUAGCUACUUUCAAUUUAACCUUAUUUAGCUAUGAGCUAACGUUAGCUAGGUUGCAAGUUAGCUUGAGUUGGUGCAGUGCAGAUUGGGAAGGAAGAAGCAGAUACGCGGCAGUUUAAGGCCAAACAUAAGUUAACGUUACCUGUCUGACACUGACGAGUGAUGGAGGCCCCACCAGUGUCAGUGCUGCCCAUCACGGGGGGCACAAUCAACAUGAUGGAGUACCUGCUGCAAGGCAGCGUCUUGGACCAGGCCCUCGAAAGCCUAUUGCACCGCCUCCGGGGCCUUUGUGACAACAUGGAACCCGAGACGUUCGCCGACCAUGAGCUGGUCUACCUCCUGAAGGGUCAGCAGGGCAACCCGUUCCUGCUGCGCGCCCGCCGCUCCCUCUCUCACCCAACAGUUCCCUGGCACCUGCGCUACCUGGGCCAGCCGGAGGUGGGUGACAAGUCCCGCCACGCGCUGGUUCGCAACUGUGUGGAUGUGGCCACCUCGCACAGCCUGCCCGACUUCCUCAACGAAAUGGGCUUCCGCAUGGACCACGAGUUUGUAGCCAAGGGCCACAUUUUCCGUAGAGGCGUGCUCAAAGUGGUGGUGAGUAAACUGUCACGCAUCCUGGUCCCUGGGAAUACAGAGAACACUGAGCCGCUGUCACUCUCCUACCUGGUGGAGCUCAGUGUAUUGGUCCCCGCGGGCCAGGAUACCAUGUCGGAGGACAUGCGCAGCUUCGCUGAGCAGCUCAAGCCCCUUGUUCACCUGGAGAAGAUUGACCCCAAGAGACACAUGUAAGAAGGGGUGUGUUAAGAUGAGCCUCUGUUGGCAGUCAUGGACAAAGUGGUUUUGUAUGAUUCCUAUAAGAAAGCUCUUUCCCACAGUCCUUUGUCUCUGUGAAACGCUAGAUCUCACAAUCUUGAUGUGUAUUUCGUACAUUUGGAGCAGGACCACCUGUCAUUAGGAUGUUAGUAGUGUUUGAAAAGGACUUCACAGGAGGAUUGACACAGCCAACAUGGACAUUGUGACAAAUGAGGCUUUGAACGAGUCAAUAAAUAACAAUGUUUCUAUUCAGUGCUGAACUCUUAGCACAUUGGUUUUGUGUGAUGCUGAUAGUGCUUUGUUCUGUGUUUCCAGAAAUGCACAGCUAUAGUGUUUAUUAAACAUGAUUUUUCUCAACUCAA